GUCAACUUUUUUUCUCAACAAAACAAAAAAAAAAACAAUAUAUUGAAAGCGAGAGUGACUGUUCCAUGGAUGUCGAUGGUGAAUUUCAUCGAAUAGAAAAAGAUGGUAAACUAUAUUUUGAAUAUCACCAUUCAAAAUACCAUCCUAUACCCCAAAUUCAAAGCUCAUCCUCCUCCAAAACAAUCAUCAACAACCAUCCAUUUCAAUCUCUUUUCGUGUGCCCAGUUACACGAUGCCGUGUUGCACUUAAGGACUCACCUGAUCGGUCCACAUUUUCUCCUAUCUUUUCUUCCCCGGAGUAUCUCUUCUCUACAAGAGAUCAUGAUUUGUACCAUUCAUUACUCCCUUUGUUUUGGUGCAACAAUAAAGACUUUGAAAUAAAUGGUGGGUGUGACAUAUGCAGAGGUUUAAAUUCUGGCACCGACUAUUAUCUUUGUGACUACUGUAAUGGAAAGUAUCACAGAGAAUGCGUUCGGUCUCCACUUAAAUUAAAAUCUCCUUAUCACCGUCAGCAUUCUCUCCAACUUUGCUUUUAUUGUCCAAGUGCUCGCAUCAUCGAAUGUUUAGUCUGUGGAAGAACAAUAAGCCGUCUACUAUACUAUUGUGACAUUUGUCGAGUUUUCAUGCAUUCAGUAUGUGCUAUGAAGCCAAUACCCUUUGUUAUAGACCUACCAAAAAGGCAUGAUCAUCCUCUCACCUAUUUUCCUAGACAAACUUCCUUAACUUGCAACGUUUGUGGCUUGUUGAGAAAAAUGUAUCCCACCUACGUAUGUGUCACAUGCAACUUUGUAGCUCAUAACGAUUGCAUGUAUUUUUCUCGCGUCAUCAAAAUAUCACGUCACCGCCAUCGUAUCUCUUACAAAUCUUCACUCCGGUCCGGAGAAUGGUUAUGUGGAGUUUGUCGCAAAAAUAUUGAGAUCGAGUAUGGUACUUAUAGUUGUGACAAGUGUUGUGAUUAUGUUGUUCAUUCAAUAUGUGCUCUAGGGAAGGAUGUGUGUGAUGGAGAAGAUCUCGAAGGUGUACCAGAAGAAUAUGAUAUAACAGUAGGUGUUGAAUCAUUUGAUGUGAUAUCUGAAGGAGUGAUACUUCAUUUUUUUCAUGACCAUCAUCUCUACUUCCAGGUCAGUACGCUUUAUGAUGAAAAUAAGUUUUGUCAAGCUUGUGUUCUACCUAUCUUUGAAGGUAAUAUUUAUUCUUGUAUCGAGUGUGGCUUUAUCCUCCAUGAAACAUGCGCAAAAUCUGGCCGCAAAUUACAACAUGCGUUACAUCCUCAUCCACUUACGUUGAGGCAUGUGAAUCCAUAUGAAUAUGUUGGCUGCAUCUGCGAUGCUUGUGAUCGUUAUUGUGGUGGGUUUAUUUAUGGGUGUCAUUUAAAGGAAUGUGACUUCGAUCUGGAUAUACGGUGUGCAUCAAUAUCUGAACCGGUUGAUUACCAAGGUCAUGAACAUCCCUUGUACUUAGCUUUAAACCCUGAAGAAAAGCCCGAAUGUCAUGUAUGCAAAAUAAUAUGUGAGAAGCAAUUAAAUUGCAUUGUCUGCAAUUUUAUUAUAUGCAUUAAAUGCACUACCCUAUCAUAUAAAGUAAGGUAUAAGCAUGAUAAACAUUUUCUCAGAGUUCUGUGGGAGGAAGAAAUAUGUGACAAAAGUUGGUGUGAGGUGUGUGAACAUGAUUUGAGAGAUACAAACACAAAUGUGAUCUAUUGGUGCGAUGAAUGUUGCAUCACCGUUCAUGUUGAAUGUUUAUUUGGUGAUGAGCCAUAUCUGAAGCAUGGUCAAAUUUUAAAAACAAAUGGGAUCAAGCUCCAAAUUCUUUGGAAAAGCAAUACUUCUCGACCAUCGUGCAAUUACUGCAAAAACCAUUGUCAACACAAAAUGUUCGUGAAUGACGACUAUAUCGUAGCAUGUUCUAUGCGAUGUGCUCUUAGCCAUAGUUAACUUUACGUUAAAAGAUAUACAAAAAUCCAAGGAGAUGUAUUUUAUAUUUGUUGUCUAUUUCUUUUAUCUUGUAAUUAAUAAGUAUAUGACUUCUUUGUGUGUUAAGUUUCAAAAAUAAUCUAAGUUAUGGACUUCGUUGGUU